CAUGGGCAAGCCUCUGCUGCUUUGUUGCUCGUGGCACUCCCCACGGUAUUGUGUUCCUGCACUCGCCGUGCAGCCCCCCCUCCCCAUGCGUAUCGUCCUCCCAUCCUUCCCCACUGCAGCUCGCAGCAUUUGGGCUGGACUACAAGGACCCGUCCGAUGGCAGUGCACGGUGUGAGAGGCACGGCAGUCCUGAUAGUGCGUGGCGCACAGAGCAGAGCGGGCAGCAGGACGGCAGAGAGGGGGGCUGCGAAGAGGUGCAUGCAUCACAGUGCUGGUGCAUGGAGAGGAGUGGCCAGCAGCAGCAGUGUUCCAGUGGCGCUGGGAUGGUGGCUGAUGCGGGGGUUGGAAUGGGUGGGCGGGACGACAUCGAGCCGGGUUGGAUGAGCGAGUGUGAUAGACGACCAUAGUGUGCGCCAUGCGGUGAGGAGUGUGAGCGUGCACGUUGGGGCCAUGGCAGGAGGAACGGACUGUUCCAGCACCACAAGAAGGCACAGCAGCAGCGGCGCAGAAGCAGCGGCGGCGGCAACUGCAGCGGCAUUGGCAGCAGCAGGGGUGCUGCAGGGGCGGCGCAUUCUGGUGGUGGAUGACACGGCGGUGAACCUGCUGGUGGCGCGCCGCACGCUCACUCGCUGCGGCGCCACCGUCACCACUGCAGGCAGCGGGGAGGACGCCGUGCGGCGAGUGGCGGCGGCUCUGAGUGCGGCAGGGGAUGCGAGGGGAGGUGAUGAGGGUGGUGCGUUGGACGUGGUGCUCAUGGACCUGCACAUGCCAGGCAUGGACGGGUUCAUGGCGACAGAGGCCAUACGAGAGUGUGAGAAAGCCGUAGCUCGUGGGGCCGCUGCAUCAGAAGCAGCAACGGAAGUCGCACAAACGGGCAUGGAGGUUACCGUGCUCCCACGACUGCCCAUAGUGGCUCUCACAGCUGAUGUGGAUGAAGCCAUUGCACAGCACUGUCUUGCCAACGGCUUUGAUGGCAUAUUGCAGAAGCCCAUCGACCCCAGGCUGCUUUCCCAUCGACUCCUGCAGAUCGAACAGCCUCGCUGCUUGGGCCUGUUGCAAACCGAUUCACACUCAAUCCAAUAAUUGCUUGACAGUGCAGAUUUAGGUUUCCCGUCCAGAUGCAGAACUGCCACACAUGGCUAUUUUCCCACAAAUCUGUCAUUUCGCCUCCUCUUGCUUUCCUUGCCAGUGGACAGUUUCAUUCAGCACUGGGCAUGCUCGGCUAAAGGCCGCCUCUCAAAAAUCAGCGAUUGAGAGAGCUUGCUUUCUUGUCCUUUGCAUUAGGCAUUGUUUGUCAACUUAUACAUAUAUGUGUAUGGUGAAGUAAUAGGCUACAUAGGUGUAUGUUCUUAGUGUCGUGGCACUGGGAUAACCAUGCUUAGCUAAAGGCCGCCUCUAAAAAAUUAGUGAUUGAGAAAGCUUGCUUUCUUGCCCUUUGCAAUAGGCAUCGUAUGUAGAAGUUUUAGGCUAUAUAAGUGUGUGCUCUUAGGAGGUACAACUCCAAC